UGGAAGGGAAGUGGCUCCGGGGCAGAGCAGGCCCAGGUGCCCAGAACCAGGCCGGGCUGUGCAGAGCUGGGGAGGCGGGGAUGUGUGGGCCGGGCCGGAGAAACACGGGGGCCAGCCCCGCACGCCCUGCCCGCCGGGAACUUGGAGGGUGGGGCGCGCUGCUUCUGGAAGCUGCCCGGAGACACUGACUGCAUGAGCCUGAGGGCCUCCUCCCCCAUCUCGGUGUGAUGUCACCUGCUCCGGACGUCCUCGGGAUUUUCGGAACUGGGGGCUGGGUCAUGUUGAUGCUGCUCGUCCCUAGGCCCCUCCCCUCACUGUCCAACCUCAUGCCACACUGAGGGUGCUACAUGGGAGAUCAUGACAUCAUCCCUUCUCUAAGCCCACCCCAAAUUUCCGGCCCUGGUCUUGUGGCGCUUCUUCCAAGCCUUAGGGGCGGGCUGUCUUUUGCUGGGAUGAAGGUGUAUCUUGCCAUCCCCCAGAGGUGGCUUCGGGAGUGGGUGGGGCUGCCAACUUGGUGCUCUUCUUGGAAAUGACUCUGAGGGUGCUCCUAUGAGCUUCUCCAGCCCAGUCUGGCCUUGGUCCCAGAAGGUGGGGGUGAAACGUGUGUCGUCAGGGACCCAGGUGGAUGUGUCCCUCCCGAAGUGCCCCAUGCUGACGGCUCCUCCCUGCUGUUCCUGCCCCUGCCCUAGCUGCUGGUGUGAUGAGUAACACGACUGCACCUAGCGCCCCCAGGGCUGCCAGCGAUUCCAUGGUGGGCUAUGUGCUUGGCCCCUUCUUCCUCAUCACCCUAGUAGGAGUGGUGGUGGCUGUGUGUAUUUUGUCUUUAUUGCAGAUGAUGUACAUCCAGAAGAAGAAACGGGUGGACAGGCUCCGGCACCACCUGCUGCCCAUGUACAGUUAUGACCCAGCAGAAGAACUGCAUGAAGCUGAGCAGGAGUUGCUCUGUGAAGUGGGGGAUCCCAAGGUGGUCCAUGGCUGGCACAGUAGCUACCAGCACAAACGGAUGCCCCUUUUGGAUGUGAAGACAUAAUCUAAGGAAACAGCACACCAAAUCCUGGCCCUAUUGGAGAUGAUCUUUUCACUCCUUUACAGGAGUCCAGAAUUGCUUAUUUCUGUUAUCUCUGCUGAAAAGCCUCCUGGCCUUACCCUUGCCCUACAAUAGGCUAUACAAGCCCUUAAUUGACCUGCUGGCUGGGACAGCUAUCCUUCGUUUAGGCUGGGAUCCCUCCCCCCACCAAGGGGCUACUCAACCAUUAUUCUUUGCUUGGCAAACCAUAAAACUAGGAGGGAAUAGGAUUUACUUGGACUUAUUGUACUGCUUCCCUUUCCCCCCUCCCCCAUUUCAGCAUGCUCAAAGCCCUUGCUACUGUUGAGUUCAGGGUAAAGGUUUCCUAGGGAUGGCUUUGUUUAUAUUAUACAGUAUAUAUAUAUUUUGUAAAUAAAACGUUUUGUGAAUGGGAGUGUGACUUGAGAUAGUUCUGGCUGAGGAGAAAGCACUUCUACUUCCCAAUUUAGUCCCUCUUUUAGUUCCAGAAGAUAACUUGCAAAAUGUCCACUUGAGAACACAAAGUAACCUAUGGCUAUCUAUCCAAUACCCCCUAAAUAAGAUUACUUCAUCCAGAAAAAGGAGUUUAUUUUUAUUCAAGUAACUGCAAAUAGGAAACCAGAGUGGUGGGGCCUCACAAUAGUCUGGGACCACCCUUUCCCCCACUUAGGCUGAAUCUCCUUCCCUUAACCCUCCCAACUUGGAGAUUAUCAAAGGAGGGAGGAUAGUAGUGGAGUUGGGCAACUCCCCAACAAUGUCACUUUUUUUAGUAAACUAGGCCUGGUAUCCACUAUUUCCCCAAGCCCUCCUUGUGAUGAUUUGGGGAGGAUGAGCAGGGUGGAUGGAGGAGGGAUAGAGAGGGCAGGUGAAAAUGAGAACUAACAAAACCUCAUGGCUGAAUGUCUGGAAGCCACAGAAUCUAAGAACAAAACCAUUUAAAAAAGAAAACCAACAAAAGUGUUCAGAGGUAGAUUGUGAAUGGAGAGAAGAUGUAACCAGCUCCUAGGGGGAGGGGGAUGGCAUUUUGGAAAGGAGGGAUUGGGGAAGGGGGGCUCACAGGUAGGAAAUAUCCUUGCUUAAAUCAAGCAUUUCAAAGGCAAAAUCAGAGGCCAAGAAAGGCCAGCCCAGGAUUGGGGGAAAUCUAUAGGAUUGUCAAAUCCCCCUUCUCCCUACAUCUUCUGAGCAGCAAGGAAAACAAAUUAAUCAGGCCCUCUCCCUUCCUCUUAC